AACAUUGUGGAAAAAAAACAAAAAGCAAUGUAGCGGACGGACGUCGUUUCGACUUUUCUAUUCCGUCAUGCAAUAAAUUUUGUCAUUCAUGAGUUCGUCGAUAAAAAGUAUUUUAAAUGGUGAAUCUUAUGUGAAUGUUAGUUGAAAUAUAGUUAAAUAAUGUGUUAGUAUUUUGUUUCAAGUAGUUCAUCUUCGUAGUUCGAUAGGUGUGUGACAAGUUCGGUAAUGGUGGCCAUGUCAUGAAAAUCCCAACAGCCAUGGAUGAUAGCUCCGUGUCUCAUCACAACGGAGGGCAAGUGGGAUCUCAAAUUGGAGUCAGUGUAAAUAACAAACAAAAUGAUGAACCUAGCCAAAGUGUCCAGUAUUCAAUACCGGGCAUACUACAUUUUAUUCAACAUGAAUGGGCGAGAUUCGAGCUGGAGAGAUCACAAUGGGAGGUGGACAGAGCUGAAUUUAAGGCACAGAUCGCCUUCCUCCAAGGAGAGAGGAAGGGUCAAGAGAAUCUAAAGAAUGACCUUGUUAGGCGGAUCAAGAUGCUUGAGUAUGCCUUGAAGCAAGAGAGAGCCAAAUUCCACAAGCUCAAGUAUGGGGUUGAUCUCCAACAAGGUGAUGUGCGUCCGCCGCCUGAAGAGCCAUCUGCUGAGCCAGAGCCGGUGGAUCGAGCGCCGUGGAAGAAUGGACGACAGGUCCUCAAACAGUACCUGCAGGAAAUAGGAUGUACAGAUACAAUACUGGAAUUGCGUUCGAAUCGACUGCGGACUUUGCUCGGCCAGAAUGAAGACCAAGCUGAGGACCCUAACUACAGAAACUAUGACAAGCAGCGUGAACGAUACGAGAUAUGCAGUAGCCAUGCAAUGAACUCCAUGGCUCGUAAAUAUGACUAUGGUGGCAAGGACCCACGUGGCAAGGGCGGAAUGUCCGGGGGCUACAAUGAGGAAGGUCUAUCUGCACAAGAAACAACUGCAGUGUUCGCUAACUUCGAGUUCUUGGCAAGCCAGGAGAUGGACAUGGAUGACAUUGACGACCUUGACGCCAAGCAACCGCACCAUUCCACAGGGAAGCAAGGUGAAGAAGUAGAUCUGGAAGCGGAGGAAGUGCUCAACGAGCUGAACCUGCUGACUGAGAGCGAGGCCGACGGCGGCGGACAAGGUGACGAAUAUCCUGUCGGCAAGUUUUCCGGUCCGAGCGUGCCGGCGCCGGCGGCGGCCCCGGGCGCCGCGGCCCCGGCCGGCGGCGCGGGCGAGGCGGACGAGGAGCCGCUGGCGCUGGGCGAGCUGGCGCAGCUCACCGUCAGCAACGAGCCCGAGGCGUACGACGUCGCCAGCGCCAACAAGGAGUCUUUCCGCAAGACCUGGAACGCGAAGUACACGCUGCGCUCGCACUUCGAUGGGGUCCGAGCGCUCGCUUUCCACCCAACAGAGGCGGCAUUAGUGACCGCUUCUGAAGACCACACCUUGAAGUUGUGGAACUUGCAGCGCACGGUGCCGGCCAAGAAGUCCGCCGGGUUGGAUGUGGAGCCACUGUACACCUUCCGCGCUCACACUGCGCCAGUUCUCUGCUUAGCCAUGGGCGCUCCGAGAUCCGAAGAGUGCUUCUCCGGAGGACUAGAUUCCACUAUCCGCGUUUGGAAUCUGCCCCCUCCCACGGCCGACCCUUACGAUCCAUACGAUCCCGCUGUGCAGGGCCCAGUGUUACGCGAGCACACCGACGCAGUGUGGUCGCUGUCAGCCGCGCACGGACGCCUGCUGUCGUCGUCCGCGGACGGCACAGCUCGUCUGUGGGCGCCGCGGGCCGCCAGGCCGCUGCUGGCCACACUGCGGGACGCGGGGCUGCAGCCGGCCAGUGUCCCCGCGGCUGCGGACUUCGCGGACGCGGGCGCGCGCGCCGCCGUCGUCUACAGAGACGGAGCGCUCAUUAUCUAUGAUUUGGAGACCGGACAGACGGUGAUGCGCGUGUCGUGCGACAGCGCGGCGACGCGCGUGCGCGCGCACCCCACGCUGCCGCUGCUGGUGACGGCGCACGAGGACCGCCACAUCCGCUUCUGGGACGGCGUGGCGGGCAGGUGCGCGCACGCCAUGGUGGCGCACCUCGACGCCGUCACCGGCCUCGCGCUCGACCCCAACGGCCUCUUCCUGCUGUCCGGCUCCCACGACUGCUCCGUGCGCCUCUGGAACCUCGACACCAAGACCUGCGUGCAGGAGAUCACCGCCCAUCGCAAGAAGUUCGACGAGAGUAUCCUCGACGUCGCCUUCCACCCGCUGCGGCCCUACAUCGCCAGCGCCGGCGCCGACGGACUCGCCAAAGUCUUCGUCUGAAUAUAACGUAUAUAUUAUAUUAAAUACAUGUAAUUUUACUUUCGAUACGAACUAUUGUAUUGCUCGGGACGCACGACGGUUCGAAUAGACCGAUUCAUAUGUCAAUAAUGCGUUCGACCUGCGUCUACCAUUCACACAGCACGACGUUGUUGAUUCACGCCCGUGAUUCUUGUACGAACGGCAGUUGGUAAAUGUAGGUCAACGCUGAUAACGCAAUCGUGUUUUAAAUGCGCGUCAAUAGAAAAAUUAAUAAUUACAUAAAAAUAGAGUGAACCUUCGUGCGUGGAGGGCUGUGGGAUGUCGUGUCUAGUCCUUGGUUCGGUUCCGAGUAGCGACGGGCGCCGGCGACUGCGCGCACGCAGCCGCCGAUCGUUUUACUUAUCGUAUUUAAAUAUUGUAACGUACGCGCUCGACGCUCGUUAUAAGCGCGUAGUGAAACUCAUCUAUGUAUAGACAUUUGAAAUCUAUUCUUUAUAAUAUAUUUUUUAGACUUUCAGUAUGUGGAUUUUAGGUUUUUAUCGCGACUUUUUCACCGAUUUUACGAUAUGCAGUGAGAAUAUUAUUCGUUUCUAUGCAUCUGUAAGUGAGACCUUGUAAUAAAUAUCAUGUGGAUAUCGACGAUGUUUCUUCGGUACGUCUUUGUUUUACUCGUCUGUACAGUUAGAUGUUACGCAGUAUUUUAUAAUCUCUUGCAGAGAGCGAAUGGUGUUUCUUUAGCUAGUAUAUAUUAUUUAAAUCGAUUGAAUUUCUAUAGAGAAUAUUCUUACUUUUUGUUUUGUGACAUGUAUGCGUAUGCUCUCAUAAUAUCAUAUGCAGAUGGGCAAUCGAACAAAAUAUGAUUGAGUAGAAGUACUAUAUCGAAAGUAAGUAAUGUUUGUUCAUACGAGUACUGCGAUGUAGAAUAUAUAUAUAAUGAAACAUUACGAUAUACCUUUAUUUUCCUCGAAUUCAUACUUGUACACAUACAUCAAAAAUUGAUAGUAAAAAGCAACAUAACCGAAUCA